UCUUGAACUCUACACACACAUUGUCUUUAGGUGGGUCAAUGGACAGAGGAGAAGCCUGGACCUAAAUGGCGUCCACCCCCCAAAAAGCUGGAGCAGGCACUGCAGGUGUGCAGUGGCCAGAGCCCACAGCUCACGGGUGUUUGCGGCCGCUCCCUGAGAUGCCAGAGCCUGCAGACCUGGGAAAGGUAGACAGAACCAAGGGUAAACCUGGACUCCCCAAAGGAGAAGGAGAUGGACAGAGCUCUCUGUCAUCCUCGGACAGCGAGGAUGAGGGUAUCGGCAAGAAAAAGAAGAAGCUGAAGAAGAAGAAGAAAGAUUCCAGCUCGUCCGCUUCAUCUUCCUCCUCCUCUUCCUCCUCCAGAAGCUUUUUAGACAGUGACAGUGACAGUGACAGUGAGAGUGAGGAUGACAAGAAGAAGAAGAAGAAGAAAAAGAAGAAGACAAAGAAGAAGAAGGAUAAGGAUUCCAGCUGUUCCUCAUCCUCUGAUAGUGAAGAGGACAAGAAGAAAAAGAAGAAGAAGAAGAAGAAGAAGUCCUGCUCUUCUGAAGAUAGCUCCUCCUCUUCCUCUGAUUGUGAUGAUGACAAGAAGAAAAAGACCAAGAAAGAUAAGAAAAAGAAGAAGGAUAAGAAGAAGAGAAAGGACAAAAAGAAGAAGAAGGAUUCUUCUUCUGAGUCCUCAAGCGAUUCUUGUAGCGAUGAUGAUAAGAAGAAAAAAAAGAGGAAGAAGAAGAAGGAUAAAAAGAAGAAGAAGAAGAACAAGAAAGACAAGAAAAAGGACUCCGAUUCUUCUAGCAGUGAUGACGACAAGAAGAAAAAGAAGAAGAAGAAGGACAAGAAGAAGGACUCCAGAUCAUCUGAUAGUUCCGGCGGCAGUGACAAAGAAAAUAAAAAGGACAAGAAGGACAAGAAGAAAAAGAGUUCAGGACCAUCCGGAAGUGAAAAUGAAAAGAGGGAGAGCCCUCAUGGUGAGGUAACCGGCGAGCCAAAAAUGGAAGCUUCUGGCUCCGGUGGGGGCAGACCUUCAGGUCCCAGCGGCAGCUUCUGUAAGCCAGCCGGUGCUCCUGGUGUUGCUCAUGGUGUUGCUCCUGGUGGGGCUCCUCUUCCUGGUGCUCCUGGUGUUGCUCAUGGUGUUGCUCCUGGUGGGGCUCCUCUUCCUGGUGUUCAUGUUUCCUCCUACGUGUCUCUCCCAUCCAAACCCCUUGUGAAGCUGGAUCCAAGUCUCUCAGCGGCGUCCAAGCCCUCUUUCUCUGUCUCCUCCCCCUAUACCGGGGAUAGGUGUCGCAGACCUCCCAGCCCCAUGGAGGCUCUGAUGGGGAGCCCAAGGAGGUCCACAGAUACUGGGACCCAUUCCACCUCCCACCUCACCUCAAGUGAUAUAUUGAAAGGCCCCAGGCCUUACCAACGAUGAGAUGUCAUAGAGCGAAUAAGAUGUUACUGACACAGCUUACAUGUCCCUUGAGGAUGUUUUUGCUCUAACGAUGCCCUGAUUUUAUGCAAUAAACUGUUCAACUUGAGGAAGAUAAUUACCCUAUGCAAACAAUUAUAAUGAAAAAGUAUGAAUAGUUCUUAAUUAGCUUUUUUAAUUGGUAAGACUAAGCAUAUUUGUGGCAGAAUCGUCAUUUUAUAAUCACAUGAAAUAAUUCAAAAACCUUGCUGUGUUGAAUAAAAAAAGCAUCAUUUUA